AUGGACCCAGCACAAUUCGGUUACAGCACCAUUCCUCUCAACCACGCCCCUUACGGUCCCAUCGUACCGUCCGCCCUAGAAGGCUCCAAUGCUGGGAAGGUAGCUCUAGUAACAGGUGCCGGUCAAGGUAUUGGCGCCGCCAUCGCAGAAUCGCUAGCGAGAUCCGGGGCUAACGUAGCCAUCCUUGACCUAAACACUGACAAGCUCACCCAAACCAAGAAGAUAUGUUCAGCAUUUGGAGUAAAGAUCGAGGCAUAUGGCUGCGAUGUGACAGAUAUGGAACGAGUAAAGGAGGUGUUUGCGCAAGUUGAGAAACAGUUAGGGCCGAUCGACAUAUUGGUGAACAAUGCAGGGAUAUUUACUCAGCGACCAUUCAUCAUGGGUGAUUUCGAUACGUUUUGGAAACAAAUUGAAGUCAACUUCAAGGCCCCUCUAAUGCUUAUCCACGCCAUCCUUCCACGAAUGCGCGAACACGGCCACGGCUGCAUCAUCAACAUCGCCUCUCGCUCCGGUACUGUCGACGUACCCAUGACACUAGGAUAUGUAACAUCCAAAGCAGCGCUCAUCCGUGCUACACACACACUGCAGACUGAGAUGGAACUUGAUGGGCUGGAUCCAGCUAUUCACAUGUAUGCGCUACACCCAGGUGGUGUCAGGGGUAACAUGGGCGGAGCUCCAGCAGCAGACGAUGUAAAGAAGAAGUAUGGUGAUAUUACGGAUGAAGACUUCUUCAAGGACUUGUUCAAGGAUGGGCCAUCUCUUUGUGGGCAGACAUGUGCAUGGCUGGCUAGUGGGCAGGGAAAAGAGCUAAGAGGGCUGUUUAUAGAUUGCAGGCAAGACGUGACGAAGCUCCUGGACAUCGGACGAGAAAUACUACUGAAGGAAAACCGGAACAAGCUGACAGUGAACUUCAUCGAUGGGUAUUGCAACGAGCCAUAA